UGGAAGGGCUUAACAAAGCCUACGGGGAACAGGAAACCAGCAGCAGACACAAUGACAUGAGAUUAGUAAUGAGUGAAGCCCCUAAACGUGACGUCGACACAACAGAAACCAGCCGUGCCCUUCCCAGCUUUCACAGGAACAUGAUGAAAGUCAGAGCCGAGCGGCUCAGGUGAACUUCCUCAGUAUCUCAGAUCACACUUCACAGAAGUUACAUUGCCAGGUGUGACAUCAGCACAGACCAAACAAACGCCGAGCUUUAGGGAGGAGACGCAAGUCAGACUCCUAUGGCACCUGUUUGACAAUCUCUGGACUUUAACACUCGGGAUCUGAGACAGACUCUGUACUGUAGAAGAAGAGCUUAAAAAACAGGACAAAACUGCAAAGAUCUCUUGGGUUACGAAACGCCUCUAACGUUUGUUGGCUUCAGACCGCAGCAAACACCUGCACACUUUCCCAGAACCAGGCUUUCUGCCACCAGCUGAUGCUCAUCACAUGCUGUCACACUGCUGAAGUCUGAAGAUGCCCUUGAGGACGUUGUUCCUCCGCAAGCCCGCGUCUGGACACUGGCAGAGGAGGCUAUCGUACCGAAAGGAGGUUUUGUCGGUCAACAUGAUCAGCCUUCCUCUGGGUGAUUUCCGGCAUCUCUCUCACAUCGGUGUAGACGGACACACGGACAGUUUUGGAGACCUGUCGUUCCUGAAGGAGGGCCACAGUCUCCUGCUGCAGAGCUCCAAGAGCGAGCAGAACCUGUUCCUCCCGCCGCCGCCCAAGCCGCCUCGAGUCAACCUGGACGAAGCGGGCCGGUGCAGCCCGGUCUGGGAGCACACCCCGGCCCAUCAGAGGCAGAAGUGCAGCUCGCUUCCCCUCCUGGACACGGAGGAAGACGAGGACACGUGUUCACACACAGAGCCGACCGGCAUCAGCUGGAGUCCUGCACGUGGCAGCCUGAGCUCCGGACGGGAUUCGACCCAAACCAACCCAGAGGACAUGCAGCCGGACCAAACGGACACAGCGUUCACGUUCAGUCUGGACCUGGGACCCUCCAUACUGGACUCCGUGCUGCAGGUGAUGGAUAAAGUCCAUCAAUAGAGUCGUGAACUGGAAAUAGGGCUGUGCAAUAUAGCCAAAAAAUCAUAUCUCUGUGUUUUUUGGCUGAAUUGCGAUAUGCGGUAUACCAGACAGAGUAAGAUUGUUAAUGUCUUUUAAAGAAGUCUCUUCUGCUCACCAAGCUUAAAUUUAUUUG